AUGGAUUCCGAAGAUUUACUAUUCAAUUUCAUCCCUAUGGAAAAUCUGCAAAUGCAAAAAGACGUUAGCGAUGGUGGAAAUCGAAAGAGAAGCAAUGAUGAAACGUUAUAUAGUUAUGUGAAGCGACCUGUCAAGGGUUCAAAAGUUAUCCGUAUCGAAAUAUACGAUGCAAAAAGUUUUGAAGACCGUCAACAGAAUAUAUGUAAAUGCAAGGCUGAUUUUUCAAUGCCAAAAUACGUAUCCUGGAUUCGCCACCUCUCCUGGCUAAUGUACUCGAACGAAGCCAUGAGCAUAUUGCAGUGGGAUGGAGUACAAAAUAUAACUUGUAUUUCCAGUGAAGCUGGGAUGCCGUGCCUGAGCACCGGUGAAGAGGUCCUGACAACUUACGACUUCCAAAGCAGUAAUCUAUGGAUGGAUGUCCUGGCUCUCUUCAUUCUGUACCUCGCAUUCCACAGCCUAGCCGUUCUAGCCCUAAGACAUAGAACUAGAAGAAAAUAAAUUGUUCUUUAAGUGCAUUGUUUGACUAAUUACUUUUGGUAUGGUGUCUAUUAUGAUAGAAAUGUAUUCAGCCAGAUGUAAAUAAUUAAAAUAAAGAUUUUAUUGUAUUGAUUGUGCGGAUUUUUGGUUGAUUUUUUUUGUGAUAAAUGAAC